AUGAAGGGCUGGGGCCAGGUGUACGGGCCAUAUGGAGGAUAUGGUGGCAAGGGAAGCAGGAUGCCCGUUAUGCAUGGCCCCGUGGAGAACAGAGUCUACGUCAGCAAUCUUCCCUGGCAUGUGGCAUGGCAAGAACUCAAGGACCAUAUGAAAUCUGUCGGAGAGGUUGUGUACGCCGACAUCUUCACGGAGGAAACCGGCCGAUCCCGUGGAUGCGGUUUGGUGGCCUUCCGUCGUGCGGAGGACGCACAGCGAGCCGUCCUGGAACUCAACGACUCUGAACUUUCCGGAAGGCAAAUUGCCGUCCGGGAGGAUCGGGUAGACCAGAGCACGGGCGAGCGAAAGGACUGUAGGGUCUAUGUCGGGAACCUUGCCUGGAUCGCAACAUGGAAGGACCUGAAGGACCACUUCAGAUCUGUUGGCGAGGUGAAGCGAGCGGACAUCUUGAGUGAAGGCAACCUCGAGGGUGCUCGAUCCAAAGGUGCCGGCAUCGUGGAAUUCAGCACGAAGGAAGAGGCAUCAGCUGCUGUCGAGCAGCUUACUGGCACCGAAAUCCUCGGCCGCAAGAUCUUUGUGCGCGAAGACAGAGAGUCGAACCGACCACACACUCUGGCGUGGCCACCAGGAGAUGUUUGGUCCAGGGCCAUGGUGGCAGUCGCUCAAGGGCCUGGAUUUCGCAAGAGCUUCACGGAGCCCUUCACGAAAGUCUUCGCAGGAAAUCUGCCGUACAGCGUGACCUGGCAGCAGCUCAAGGACACUCCUGAGCAUCUGCAAAAUGCACCAAGAGCGAGGCAUGUGAGACUCCGAGAGAUGCGUCGCAAAGGAACGAAUCGCGAGCAGAAUUUCAAGCGGAAAUGGGAGAGCCCAGGAGUUGGACACUGCCGCCGGGCAGCGCUACAGUAUGCAAGAGGUAAUUGUACAGUACACUGCAACCAGCCCUCUUACCUUGUGGCAUGGGACAUCGUAGUGUCCAGCCCGGAGCCCUUUGCCAAACGUGCACGAUGCUGGAGCAGAGCACGACGCCAGAACAUGCCAGCACGCCUCCUCGACUGGUACAGCGUGUCAGCGAGUGGGUCCUCUUGA